AAAAAAAGAAAAAAAAAAUUGAGGCAGGAAAAAAAAUAUUGUAUUCUCUGUUUUUGUAUCUUCGAAAUCCAGAAGCCAUUAAUGCACUUUUUACAGCAUACGGAUCCACCAGUUCUUCACCCACCAGAGACGCCAUUAACUCUCUCUUCCUCACUCCUCUCCAGUCUCCAUUCUCUUCCUCCAUUUUUGCACUGACCCAGUUCUCCAUUUCCCCCAAUUUCUCCAUCUGCAUCCUCUUCUUUCUCACCGCCGAGUAGGGUUUAUUGCUACUGUUCUGCAUUUUUCUUCUUUCAGAUUCCCGCCUACGCCUCGAUCCCGUUGUUUUGGUGCUGUCCUGUAUGGAUAUACAGUACAGUAUGCAUUGCACCUGUCGGUUUAACCAAUAAACCCUGUUGUAUAGCCUAGAAGAUGAAAUUCGACUGCAGGGUUUUGAUAGAAGAUGCCUCUAUCUUCAGAUCAUAGACAGAGGUGGUAAAGAUAGUUUAGUUUUAGAGACGGAACUCACCUGUUAGAUCAGCCAGCGAAAGUUUUUAUUCGCCAAAAUGAUCAACAGACCACUUGUGCUCACUUACCUGUAUCUUCUCAUCUACAUUUUGCUGUCAUCUGGAGUUAUUUUGUACAACAAGUGGGUGCUCUCCCCAAAAUAUUUCAAUUUUCCUUUGCCUAUUACACUUACAAUGAUUCAUAUGGGGUUUUCUGGUGCUGUUGCAUUUUUUCUUGUUCGUGUGUUCAAGGUUGUAUCUCCCGUCAAAAUGACUUUUGAAAUAUAUGCAACGUGUGUCAUCCCAAUUAGUGCAUUUUUUGCGUCAAGUCUUUGGUUUGGUAACACUGCCUACUUACAUAUAUCUGUGGCCUUCAUUCAGAUGCUUAAGGCUUUAAUGCCAGUGGCCACAUUUUUUAUGGCUGUUGUGUGUGGUACCGACAAGUUAAGGUGUGACGUUUUCUUCAACAUGGUGCUGGUCAGUGUUGGGGUUGUCGUUUCCUCAUAUGGAGAGAUCCAUUUUAAUGUAGUAGGUACAGUUUACCAGGUCACGGGUAUCUUUGCAGAGGCUCUCAGGCUGGUCUUGACGCAGGUCCUUCUGCAAAAGAAGGGUUUGACUCUAAAUCCUAUCACCAGCUUAUAUUACAUUGCUCCAUGCAGUUUUGUUUUCCUGUUUGUUCCUUGGUACCUGUUGGAGAAGCCAGAGAUGCAAGUUACUCAAAUUCAGUUCAACUUCUGGAUCUUUUUUUCGAACGCAUUGUGUGCCUUGGCAUUGAACUUCUCUAUUUUCUUAGUAAUUGGAAGAACUGGAGCAGUUACUAUUCGAGUUGCUGGUGUUCUCAAGGACUGGAUACUAAUAGCCCUCUCAACAGUCAUAUUUCCCGAAUCUACUAUAACAGGGCUGAAUAUCAUUGGCUAUGCAAUCGCAUUGUGUGGUGUUCUCAUGUAUAAUUACAUAAAGGUCAAGGAUGUUCGUGCAUCUCAAUUAUCUUCUGAAAGCAUUCCAGACAGAAUCAUUAAGGACUGGAAGUUAGAGAAGAAGUCGUCGGAUAUAUUCACUCCAAAUAUCAAUGAUGGCAAUGGUGGAAAUGGUUCGUCCGAUAUGAAUGUCGAUGAAGAGGCACCUUUACUUGCAUCAUCAAGGUUGUCGCAUAUCGGUCACAUGCAGGUUGGUAGUCACAAUCAGUAGUGAUAUAUAAAUAUGAAUAUGAAUCAAUAGGAAGGAAAAAAAAAGAAGUGAAUAGGAAAAUAUUAAAUGCAAGUUGUUUUGAUAUAUAAAAGAUGAGACGAGGUGUUUUGUAAGGUUUAGAAGGCAAUUAUGAAUUCAUUUGAUUUUGUGGCUUGUCUCCUACAUGGAAUAUAGAUAUUGGAUUGGGACAGGGAGGCUUGUUAUUGGCAUAUAACAAUGGGCUCUUUAUUUGAAUGUAAUACUUUAGGACAAUUCUUUUAACCAAGUCAUGUAAUUGUAUUCUUUGGAUGAGCCAGACCUUUCAUUUGGAGCAGUAAGUAAAUUUUGCAGUCUUUGAUCCAUCAA